AAUGGACACGCCCGGCAAUGGAUGUUACUCGGUCUCUUCCCACGCGCCUACUCGUAUAUAUAAAGCUGUACGGGAUGACAAGAAAGCAUCAGUUCCAUCCGUUCCUUCCACUAGCAACCAACAAUGCAUCAGUUUGCCGUCAUCGUUGUUUUCGCCGCCGUGGCUUUCGCUGCCGAGCUUCCGUACCCGAAACCAUCUGGUUAUCCGGCUCCCAGUUACGACAAGCAGCCAUUGAUGCCGUACAAUUUUGGCUACACUGUCAAGGAUGACCCAACUUACAACAACUUUGCUCAUCAAGAGACGGCUGACACGAAAGCUGUCACUGGAUCUUACCGUGUUGCCCUGCCCGAUGGCCGUACUCAGAUUGUCUCAUACAAGGCUGAUGAAUACGGUUACGUCGCUGACGUGAAAUACGAGGGAGAAGCUAAAUAUCCUGAAUACAGCAAACCUGCUUACAAGCCAGCAGCAUCCCAGAGCUACGGACAGUGAAUUGCUGUAUCUAAAAAUGUCGGUGCUUUCCUCAGACACUCAAUUUUGUACUUGAUCUGUAAUUACUUUGAGAAAAAGUGUCUCACAAAAAUCUGCUCGAUCUCUUGAUCAUACCGUUGAACAAGGACUUGGAACGCAUCAUAUAGAUUUCACAAAUAAAAAGAUUUAUCAUUCA